AUGACAAUUGGAAUUUCUCGUGUCUGUAAUUCCUAUGUUGAUGAAAGACCAGACGGUGUUAGCUUCGAACGUUUUCAAUUCCCUGUUCGUGAAGCUUUUGCAAUGACCAUUACUAAGGCUCAAGGCCAAACCUGUGAAAGACUUGGAAUUGAUCUUUCAGACGAGCCCUUUGCUCAUGGGCAACUAUAUACAGCAUUAUCACGUGCUACAAAUAGUAAAUUCAUUCGAGUAUUCGCCCCUAAUAAACCCAAAGAUAAAGAUGGAAAUGUCCUCAUUAAUAAUGUUGUUGCUCGCGGUCUUACCUUUGAUUAAUCUGUAUUGUGAAAUUUUAAAUAAUUUUUUGAAAUAAUAAAUCCCCUAAUUAAACACUCAACCCUAAGUUUUUUUUUAUUUACGGCGAUGAUUCCCCUUUUGUGUUUAGGGAUGUACCGCCUUCUUAUUUUUGGUGAUGAUUCCCCUUUUGAGUUAAGGGACGUACCACCUUCCUUUCCUUAUUUUUUGGUGAUGAUUCCCCUUUCGUGUUAAGGGACGUACCACUUUCCUCUCCUUAUCUUAUGGUGAUGAUUCCCCUUUCGUGUUAAGGGACGUACCACCUUCUUCUCACUUAAGGGUUCUAAUUCACCUCAUUCAUUAUUC